CACCUGCAUCGACUGGGUAUUGCCGAAAAAGGCAUCAAGGCUGCCGUCGGAGUGGCUUACGUAACUGUGGCAUCAGACCUCUCUAGCUCGCUCCCCGCAACCAUUGCUUCUACCCGCCGUGUGUUGCGUCAACUGCGGCUUUUCAUUCAUAACUCUCUGUAUUUUACCCUCAUAUUUCUCGUCUACAAUCCAUUCGCCAUGGCGCUCCACGAGCCAAACAACAGCGACGCGACCAACUCCCCGCCACCCUUUAGCAACUUCCCGCAAGACCCAUCCGAAUUCGACAGCGAUCCCCGAAUCUCCUUCUCAAAGCUAGACAACAAGUUCAUCCUAGAGACCGAAGAUGGCCAGGAAUAUAGCUACGAUACGAUAUUAAAACGAUGGAUUCCGACGGUCGAUGAAGACUUGCUGCAGAAACAGCAAGAAGCCUAUAGAGUCCAGGGUGUGGAUGAAGAUGAGAAAGCCAAUGCGCAACAAUUUAAGAAGAAGCGGAAGCAAGGAGAAGAGGGCGAGUCGCAAAAGCAGAAGAAGCAGCGUGUCAAUACUGCGGUCUAUGUAACGUCUAUUCCCCUCGAUGCGCAAUUCGACGAGAUCCGAGAGAUGUUUUCGCGGUGUGGAGUCAUUGCGGAAGAGAUUGAUAGCGGGCGGCCGCGCAUCAAAAUGUAUACAGAUGACGAUGGGAAGUUCAAAGGCGAAGCUCUAGUCGUGUACUUCCGGCCGGAGUCAGUUAAUCUGGCAAUCCAAAUGCUUGAUGAUUCCGACUUUAGGUUAGGUGAGACAGGGCCACAGGGGCCGAUGCGCGUCCAGGCUGCAGACUUCUCCUUCAAGAGCCAACAAGAGGCGCCGACAAAGACGAGCAUGAGGGAUAAGAAGAAGAUUAUUAAAAGGACUCAGAAGCUGAACAAUAAACUCACGGAUUGGGAUGACGACGAUCCAGCUGCGCUGGUGGAUACGAACUCACGGUUUGAGAAAGUUGUGGUUCUCAAGCACAUGUUUACGCUUAAAGAGUUGGAUGACGACCCAGCAGCUAUCCUUGACAUUAAGGAAGAUAUUCGCGAUGAGUGCUCUAAGCUAGGCGAGGUCACAAACGUCGUUCUCUACGACAAAGAGCCGGAGGGCAUAGUCAGCGUUCGAUUCACAGACCCCGAAGCAGCCCGGAAUUGCGUCAAGCUUAUGAAUGGACGUUUCUUCGGUGGGACUGCAGUUGUGGCGUACAUCUCAGACGGAAGCGAGCGGAAGCGCUUCCGCAAGACGAAUGAAAAGCGUGCAGCCCUUGAAGAUUUGGCCGAGAAUGGUCUUGAUGCUGAGGAUGAUGAUGAGCAGCAACGACUCGACGAGUUUGGUACAUGGUUGGAAAGCUCAAAUGUGGUGGAGAAUACGGCGAAGUGAGGAUGAAUCGUGCUCCUCGUUCCUUCCACCUGUACAUUAGCUGCUUUCAAAGCACUUUCGGUAUAUCGCAUUGAUGUCUUUACAAUCAGGCCUCAGGCGCAGUUAUCCCACUCAUACUACUCUAUUGGCCCCGGCUUCCCAAUGAAAACCUCUUUCGGCCAGUAUAAACAAUUUCAUAGAGCUCCCAUCUAUCCACCUCUAUUCUAAACUCAACAAUCUCCUGAUCACCACAAAUAACAGGCAGCAAUCUAAACGCAAUCCCGUCCUCAAAAACGUUGAGAACGAAACUAGGCCAGCCUGUCCUGAUCUCGAAUCGAGAACCGGUGGCGUAGAUCAAUCAGCCAGGGACCUGGCGCCAUAAUCACAUGUAAAGCCCACUGGCACCACAGCAGCGCCACAAAGCAGUCUAAGCGAUUACUCACAACACAAGUAGAUCUACUUUUCGUGGGUACCUAGCGCCCGAUCUAGGAACGGGAUCACAAUCAGGCCAUUCUCCCUGCCCUGGAAGCUUCGAGUUGAGGCGAGUCCAGCCACAUUGUUGGGUGGGUUGAAUAUGGAGGGUGUACAUGUGACGAAUGCUGUCGAUCACAGCCCCAGCUUAGCUUGUCAAUACCCUACAACGGGCCUACUAGUACCUAGAUAAGAUGUAUUAGGCUAUUGAGCGGACUAACC